AGACAGCCAGGCAGGGAGGGAGCUAACUGGCCACCAGCGGAGGAACCAACCACAGAAGCAGCAGCAGCAGCAGCAGCAAUCACACUCUCUGGAGCUGCAUCCAGUCGGAGUCUCUGUCUGCCUGGAGCCUGCCCCACUCCAGGGAGCUCGCUGCGUUCCUAGCCACCAUGGAUGUCUUUAAGAAAGGUUUCUCCAUCGCCAAGGAGGGUGUAGUGGGGGCUGUGGAGAAGACCAAGCAAGGAGUCACUGAGGCAGCUGAAAAGACCAAGGAGGGGGUGAUGUAUGUGGGGACAAAAACCAAGGAGGGUGUAGUACAGAGUGUGACCUCAGUUGCCGAAAAGACCAAAGAACAGGCCAACCUGGUAAGCGAUGCCAUGGUGGCCAGUGUGAAUACCGUGGCCAAUAAGACGGUGGAGGAGGCCGAAAACAUUGUGGUGACUAGUGGCAUCGUUAGGAAGGAGGACUUGGUCAAUCCAGCCCAACCUGAGCAUGGGGCUCCGGAAGAGCAGCCAGCAGAGGCUGCAGAAGUUACUGAGGAGGUCGAGGGCAGUGGAGACUAGCUGAAGAGCCCUCCUGGAGCCAGGUCGGGGAUUGUGGAGCCAUUAGCUGACACUAACCUUCCUCCCUGCCACCUCCCUCGCCCAGAGCAGAUGCUUUCCUCCUCCCCAUCCUUGAUUGGGUGAACACAUCAUGCCACAUGUGAACAUCAGGUUCUGGAGCAUCCGUAUCGAGUAGCCACGUGUUGGGUAUCUUCCUUCUCCUCCUACCUGUAGCUUCAGCUUCCCCUGCCCUCGUCCCCUCGUCCAGCUGUCCAUCCACCUGGAUAUCCUUGUUCCUGCUCUUUCCUUCCCUCCUUGUUUCCCUCUGUUCACUUUGACUCUCUAGAUGCUGGGUGUGCUUUAUUUAUUUAUUUAUUUAUUUACAAAUGAUGCCAAAUAAAACUGUCUUUGAAGUAGGCUUCCCA